AUGUAUUAUAAUUUUUCUACAAUAGAAUCGGAUGUGCUGGAAGAGACGCUGGUUGCUACAACCGAUCUUGAACAACCGCCUGAAGAGGUCCAGUACACGGACACGUCCUACACUAGCGCCUCUUUUGAAUCUCUGCCUCCAGUUGAAGAGGAACAAAAUGUAGUGCAAGAAGAAACGAAAGUUAGGAAAAAGAGAAAGGGGAAAAAAGGGAAAAAAGGGAAAAAGGGGAAAAAAGGGAAAAAAGAAAAGAAAGAAGAGGAGAUACCAGAUUUCGAAAAGCCUAAGAAUUGGAAGAAGAUGAACAGAAAAGAAAGAGAGGCCUGGCUUCUUCAGCGAAUAGAAGAUUGGAAAGCGGAAAAAGAAGCUGAAAAACAAGCAAUCCUCGCUGGCGCUAAGGAGAAGCGGUUAACUGAAGCGAAGGCACGGGCAGACCUGAUGGCUAAAGACGAAAAUGAGCAAGAGAUCAGGAAAGAUUUAUUAGCGAAAACUGUAACGCUCUUUCAUAAAUUUGAAAAAGAGAAGUUGAAUUAUCAAAUGAAGAAACAGCUUAAGGCCGAAUGGCAACAGUACCUCCGCUGUGACGGUCUCCCAGAUCCUCGAAUCGUCACGCAGAUGAACACUUACUUGCAUAUUUGGAGAGAGAAGAACAUGUGUGACGAUGAGGAGCUGGAGAAACGUUGCUUGGAGGUUCUACCGGUUCGUCUAGCCCUUCGCCAGGAACUUUCUAAUGCUAUCCACUUCGCCUCGUACACUCUCCUCCGGGAUCUCGAAAAUCGAUUUAAAUGGGAAUCUAUUAAGGUGGCCAGUUACCAACGUGAAUUUAAAGGCCUCCGUUUAAACCUUUGGGUGGCAGUCAGAUUGCCUACUAGAAAACCAAAACCAGUAGAACCAGAAAGAGAGCCAGUUGAACUAUCAUUUCCCACCAUGAAGGUGAGUAUCAAGCUGCCAAAGACAAUCGAUGGAUCCUGCGUUUGCGUCAGAGCAGCCCGUUCCAUGAUCGAUCUACUGAGCGAGGGUUCACGAACUUUUGCCCUUGCCGCUGACAUACCUAAUAAGUAUGAAGAUCUAUAUACAUUUAAUAUCGAAGAACAUAAAGCAGUGUACAAAUUGAAGAAAGAGCAGGAUGACAUACGUGAUAAAUUCUACAAAGAAGUUAAGGAAAAAAUAAAAGAAUUAGAGAAGUUUUUAAAAGCUAACCCAUAUGCAAAAAACGAUAAGGAGAGAGAAGAAUUGGAUAAUUUGAAUAUAGCGGAACCGGAAAGUUUGCCUGAUCCAAGAACGUUUGUUGGAGAACAAAACGAACAAGCCUUUACAAAAUACCUCAAACUGUGCUCGAUCAAGACGAAGACCGGCGAAGUCAACCUGCGUAAGUACAGGUAG